AUGGCCGCAAUCCUGUACAGGCCGGCCGUCUUGCCCGUGCAAACGCCAGCGCCGACCGUCUUCGUCCCACCGCUACGAGGAUUGGCACGCCGCUUCGACAAUACCACCAGUACUGCAAGCGCACCGAGUCCGACACGAGACUGUUCUAAUUUCAACGGAUUCGAUACGUGCAGCGCGAGCGGCGACUAUGGCAGCUGUCUCGCCAGCAACGACGUCGCUUUCUGCAACUGCAAUAAUGGCAUACAAUACCUGGACUGCGUCUCGGCAGCCAUCGACUCAGCAGGGUGCCAAGGUGCCGUGGCUGGUGUUGGCAGCGACUGGGGCGCCUACGAACGAAACUGGUAUCAGACUGCUUGUCCCACCACUCCUCCGGCUGCAGUCAUGACACAGCUUCCUCAGCCGUCCUCCGUUUCUCUUGACUUGGAACCCGUCGCUGUUGUCACCCCCUCGGCCCCGAUCACCGAAGCUCCUACGCCAAUCGUGCAGCCCAGUUUCACCGACGGAGGGGAGCUCUUGGCCGGAGACUGCAAAUCGACCUCGUACACUCUGGUGGACGGUGGGGACAUGGUGUUCUACGCCGCCUUUGUUGGGUGUAACGCAGACCGGCCGCAGUGCUGUCCCUGGAAUGUGUCCACCGGCGCUUCUCAGCCGGACAACUCGCCGGCUCUCGAAGUGACCGAUGCCCCGCCGGGCCGUGUCGCCGAGCCCGGCCAGUUCCCAAUCCCUGCGGACCACGCAAAGGCCAACCUCGAGCGAUGCCCGCAAGACUACUACUCUGUGUCUGGGCAGUGCUGUCCAAACGGCUACUACAAAUUCACGCGGUUGGUCGCCUACCAGACACCAUGCUUCAGCUCCUUCAAAGAGAGAGCAACACCGCCACAGAUAACCGCAGGCCUGGCCGCAAACCCCAAGAAUUCUGCCCUCCCCACCUCGGCCGUCGUCAACGUGGCGUGGGCCAUGGGGUUCAACACUUCGGGAGACUCAAACCCUCCCCUGUCAACGGGCGCCUCGAUCGGGAUCGGAGUCGGCGCUGGCGUGCUAGCCAUCUCGAUCGGCGUCCUCGCCGCCUUCCUCAUAUUUCGCUGGCGGAGGAACAAGAAGGCAAAAGCAGCAGAAGGGGUACAGGAGCAGCAGGCCGCCACCCAGUUUGACCCCUACCAACAGGGAAUGACAUACCAGCCGGGAUAUCACGCACCACCCGGGAGCCCGCCGCCACAGACAGUCAGUAUGGCGCAUCCAAUGAGUCCCCCUGCGGAAUACAAGUACAGUCCUCCAAGUGCCUCUCCGUACGGCGGCGGUGGUGGAGGAGCGGGAGGAUGGGAUCAGAGUCAAGGCUAUGGCUUUCCGCAUCCGCAACAGUACCCGCACCAGCAGAUGGGCUCAUACGGGGGACAGGCUUACCGGUAGUGUCGUGGUGUCGGCUUGGUUCGGGUUAUGCCUUUUUUACUGGUCUAUCGGCGUUCAGGGGGCUUGGCGUCAACACAAAUGACCUGAUCGGAGUACUGGCGGGAUAAGCUUCGCAGCCUAGUCAUAGACAGCGCAGCGACGGCCAUGGCGGCGUCACAUACGUUUAUCACACUCCUGCUAACUGUAAUAAUUUAGUAAUCAUGGUGUCGUGAGGAUCAAGCCAAUCCAG